AUGAGCCUAAGGAGAGGCACAAACCGGAGAGAUACAGUUGGGAAUCAAGAAGAGCUUACAAGAGAAGACUUGAAGGCAAGCCACUACAAAAACAAGAAGAUCCGGGGAAACUUGGGAUUCAAGGAAUUCAAGAGCCCCAAGAUAAGAGUCGAGUUCGCGGAUCUAUCGUGCAUGGAACCCUAUGGAAUGCUUGAAGAUGUCAUGAUGGAAAUAGGGGGUCGAUAG